AUGGCGGCGGGGCCGCUCUGGCCCCGCUCUGCCCGCGCCGCCGCCGCAGGCCCCGCCGCCCUCACACCGCCGCUCGGCCCCGGCCCCGGCCGCGCGGCCCCGCGCCUCCGUAGCCCCCCGCGCCGUCCCCCCGGCCGCUCCCCGGUGUCUCUGCCUCGCGGCGGCGGCGGGGCGAUGGCGCCCGCUGUGAGGAUGGCCCGAGCGGGAGAGAGGCGGCAGCCGCUGCCCCGCCUGGUGCCCCGCUACUCCGUGCUGGAGGCUGUCACCUGGGGAGCGCUGGGCGCGCUGCUCCUGCAGCUCGUCAGGCAGGUGGCGUGGCUGAGGUCGCUGCCGGACGCCCGGAGGGAGCGGAGGUGUCCCUGGCUGUCCCCGCUGCCCCCCCAGCACACAGUGGUGACUGAAGCCUCAACCAGCUGUCCCAGUGAGCAGUUGGGGUCCCAGUUCCUGCAGAAAGCAAUUCCAGAGGCCACAGCAGAGAAUUCAUCCUCAGGCAUCCCCUCAGGGCAAGGAGAGAGCCAGCCCUGGGCAGAAGUAGGGGAGUUCCAAAUCCCUGCAAGCUCCAGUGUGGAGCCACUUCUCCACAGUGCAAAGGGUGACCCAGCUCAGCGAGGGCAUUUAGAGGAAGCCGCUUUCCAAUUGCAGCAGAUUUUCCGGAUUGAUAUUUCCAUUGCCUUGAAUAUCCUCGGGAUCGAGAGCAUGAGGGCAGGGCACUGCAGGACAGGCUUCACCUGCUUCAAACUGGCUGCUGAUCGAGGCUACAGCAAAGCCCAGUUCAACGUGGGCCUGUGCUAUGAGCAUGGCAGAGGCACAGAGAAAGACCUGGAAAAGGCAGCUCUCUAUUACUGCCACGCUGCCAGCAGCUGCCACCCCAUGGCCCAGUACCGCUACGGGAGGUACCUCCUGCAGCACAGCCCUGGCCAGCAGUGGGACAGGCUCCAGAGGGCCCUGACGUUCCUGGAGGGAGCAGCAACGGCUGGGAUCACAGAGGCACAGGCUUAUCUUGGAGUGUUCUACAUGAGGGGGCUGCAGCCCCAGGAAAAGAGGGGUCUGAAGUACCUGCUGCUGGCAGCAAACAGUGGUGAUGCCCAAAGCAGGUACCACGUGGGUGUUUGCUACGAGCAGGGCCUUGGGGUGCAGCAGAACCUGGCAGAGGCACUGAGGCACUACAGGGAGGCAGCUGCUGCUGGGAACAGGCACGCCCAGGAGAGACUGAAGCUGUGGGAAGAGGAGCUGGAAGAUGUGCGGGCAAAGCAUCCAUUCCCUUCAGGAAUACGAGCCUCUUCCUCGAGCCCCAGUUUCUGGGCUCUGGAGCCUGUGUCUGCAGAUCUCCACAGCACCCAGCCAGGAUGUGCCCUCACCCUGCCCCACUCUUGGAGCACAGACAGACUCCAUGUGAUGCUGCUGAGCAGUGCAGGAUGGAGCCGUGCCUUCGGACACAGGACAGUGCCUCUGGAAAGGCAGUUCUGGGAGCCCCACAGCUGCUGUUCCUAGAGCAGGCAGCACCAGCAGAACCUACAGAACAGCAGCACUGUCCUCCAGCCCCAGGCCCUUCCCGCGUGCCGACAGCUGCCGCAGGAGCCCCGCGCCUGUCUCGCUGUGGACUUGGACCUUCUGGGACAGAAUCAUUUCAAAGAGGGUGCUCAUCUCCGAGAGGAAGGUGCUGGUCAGCCUCGUCCCAGCAGCGCUGGAGUCAGCCCCAGCACCUUUGCCAAAGGUCUCAAAGGUCCUUGGUUUCUCCUGCCUUGCAGCCUCCUCCUCCUGAGAGGAGUGGGGGUUGUCGGGGGAGAAGACGUUGUCCUUGUAGCUGCUGGUGAGGGGGAAGGAGAGCCGGGCCAUCCACGCUGGGUCUGCAGCCGUGAGCCUCUUGAGGGCCAGCUCUGAGGGAGACAGGGAGCAGAGGAGACCACAGGAGAGAAGAGAGGGAAAAAAUCAAAUAAAUAAAAUUAAUGAUUAAUAGGAAGAUCUCCUGAAAUCACUGAGAGAAGUGAUUGUAAACAGGUCUAGGGAGAAACUACCAAAUCAUACAACCCAGCAGCUUAGUAAAGCCAAGCAAAAUAGAACUGGUUUAAAACUACUGGGGUUCUUUGUUUUGUGUUAUUGUAAUAACCAUUAGAAUCACUUUGCUUUCUCAUUUGUUGCAGCCUGGAGUGGCACUUCACUGAAUUGUUAGCAAAGCCAGAGAGAGGGAGGGUUUAGGACUGGCUAAAGGGGAGCUGACAAUGGAAAGCUUGCAAGGGGGAAGUAUUGGACACAAAGAUAGUGGACUUCCCUUCAGGGUCACUCCAGGGGGGGAAUUUGCUGCUAAGCAGGCAGAUUGAGACUGAGAAGAAAUGGGUUAUUGUGAAAACAAUAAUAGCAGAAUGAAAUUCUGGAUUAUAAAAUGCACAGCUGGGUGGUUGAGCACUAGUAACAAACAAUUGAGCUAUAAAGUGGUUGUUCCUCGAUUGGAAACAGCUGAGGAGCAGUGGGAGCCUGGGCUGGGGGUUGGGGCAGGCUCCUUAGUGCACCAGUAAUGUGAUUUUGUCCCAGAAAUGGAAUCAUCCAGUGUGUUGGUCAAGGUAUGAAGGCAUAUCCAUGGUAUUGUUACCGGGUCUGGCGAGACAUGAUUAGGAGAAUUACACACAAAUCUGAUUAUCCAUCCAGAGGAGAGAGGAGCUGGAAUGACACCAGAGUAGGGAAAACUCUGGGGAUGAAAGCAGGAGUGAUCCAGGACGACCUGAUGGACACUCCAGGAGUGGGGGUUACUGCUCCUAAGGAAGCAAGUGCUCCCCAGGGCCCCGCUGCAACCUGCCACUAUUUUGAGGAGACAAGCACCGGCAAAGGAAAUCUUUAGGCUUAAAAUAGUACUGGCAAAAGAAGAAGUGAUUACAACUGUCCAUGAAUAAACAUCUCCUGGAAAAGAAAGGAAGGACCCCAUAGCAGGGAGAGCCUGGAAUAGCUUCCCCGUCAGACAGCAGGAAAGGAAACGGGGGUUCUUGUUUUUUGAGGUAGUUGGUAAACAAGAGUCCGUGCUGAGGAGCACAGAGCUGCCUUCCAGCCCCACGUUGUUCCUUCCCAAAGCAUAUCCCAGAACCCCUGGGGGGUUGGAAGCGACCACCUGGUUUGUGAAACACUUUGAGAGCAGUAAAACAAGUCACAGGUGUCUGGUAACAAAACACAGCAGUCCCAGGGUGGCCAGAGCUGGUGUCACUAAUAAUUGUGUGGCUCUGACUUGUACAGUGACCUCUGGAAGGAGGGUCUCCAUUCUGCUGCAGUUAUCCUGCUGCUUCCAGAGGAUCAUCAGUAUCCUCUCCCAGCCUGGGACACAGGGUCCCCACUCAGUGACUGAGACAAGGCUCCUUCCUCAGCCAACCAGUCCUUUUUCUCUGAAAAACUGCUUUCCUUGCGUGGAAUGGGGGUGAGAGCUGGGACUCAAACCUGGUAAGGAGAGAAGGGCAAGUACAUCACUUAGGUUUUUGUUUCAGAUGAAGCCCCAAAAUCCUUUUGCGUUGCUUCACUUCCAGGAUUUCUUUCUGCAAUCUCAGAAUUCUUUCAGUCACAGUUCCUUAACACAUCACCCAAGAGCGCUGCAGCCCCAUGGUUUUGCUCUUAAAACACCCAGUUUUCUCCUCCCAGUCUGCAAGAAGCCACUGCAUUCCCUAAAUAUUUGGAUGCCUCAGCUCUGGAGCAGGACACAACCAGUCUGCUCCCUGCUGGGAGAGCCACGGCUCUGUGGGCUGAUGGUCCUGUGGCCAUGAAACAUUUUGAUUAGGUUUGUUUAAUUUGACUAAUAACUCUUUACUGCCUUGUUUUAAUGGUGCUUUGAGAGCAGGGGUUGUUUUUAUCAUCAAUAAAGUUCUAUCUCUCAUCUGC